AUGGCAGCACCGUCGACGACCAAAGUCUGGACUCUCCAGCACAAGCCACGCGGACCCGUCGCAGCCGACACCUUCGCACUCGAGGACAGGCCCCUCAGACCGCUCAACGACGGCGAGAUCCUCGUCAAGCUCGUCUACCUCUCCAACGACCCCGCUCAGCGCACCUGGAUCGACCCCUCGGUCGUCAAGGAGCGCGCAUAUGGCCCUGCGCCCGAUGAGGGAGACGCGAUGCCCUCUGGCUUUGUGGGCAAGGUCGUCCAGUCCAAGUCGUCCUUGUGGAGGGAGGGCGACCUCGUCAACGGCCUCGGUUCGUGGUCCGAAUACCUCGUCCUGAACGAAAAGGCCGUCUUCCCAGCUCGCACGCUCGAGGGCUACCCGACCUCGAUCGCCCUCUCUGCGCUCGGCAUGACCACUCUCACGGCCUACUGCGGCCUGCACGAGGUCGGCCACAUCAAGCCUGAGCAUACGGUCGUGAUCUCGGGUGCGGCGGGCGCGACUGGAAGCGCUGCUGUCCAGAUUGCCAAGAACAUUGUCGGCUGCAAGCGCGUUGUGGGCAUUGCUGGUGGACCGGAAAAGUGCGCUUGGGUCAAGAAGCUCGGCGCAGACGAGUGCCUCGACUACCGCUCGCCCUCGUUCGAGGACGAUCUCGUCAAGGCUACGGAGGGCUACGUCGACGUAUACUUCGACAACGUCGGCGGGUCGAUCCUCAACGCCCUGUUCAAGCGCAUGAAGCGCUUCUCCCGCAUUAUUGCGUGCGGAGCCAUCUCGGGCUACAACUCGCGCGAGACGGUCAACAUGAACAACAUCUUCGAGGUCAUCUCGAUGCGCAUCACGAUGCAGGGCUUCAUUGUCUCGGACUUCAUGGCCCAAUGGCCCGCGGCCAUCGAAGCCGUCAAGAAGGCGAUCAAGGAGGGCAAGUUCACGACUGAGGGAACCGAGACGCUCGUCAAGGCCAAGUUCGAGGACGUCCCGCAGGUCUGGCAGAGGCUCUUCUCGGGCCAGAACCAGGGCAAGCUCGUCACCCAGCUCGAGGCGUAA